ACACUUCCAUUCGUCUUCCCCACCCGCCACCAUCGCCUAUACCUCCACCUCACUCGUUCCCUCAUCGCCACCGUUACUCCACCUAAGCAAGUCGGGACCCACAAUGGCAGCUUCCACUGCGACGAAGCCCUCGGCUGCUUCAUGAUUCGCCUCACCGACAAGUUCUCCAAUGCCGAAAUCGUCCGCACUCGAGACCCCCAGGUUUUGGAGGGUCUGGAUGCUGUGCUUGAUGUUGGGGGUGUGUAUGAUCCUUGUAGGGAUCGGUAUGAUCAUCACCAGAAGGGAUUUGAGGAGGUUUUCGGACACGGGUUUAAGACCAAGCUGAGUAGUGCUGGUGUGGUUUACAAGCAUUUCGGGAAGGAAAUAAUAGCCAAGGAGCUUCAGGUUGAUGAAGGCCACCUCGAUGUGCAUCGGUUGUUCUUAGCUGUUUACAAAAGCUUUAUGGAGGCAAUUGAUGCUGUCCACAAUGGGAUAAGAUAUGUGAAUAACACACACUUGUCUUCACGGGUGAGCAGGUUGAAUUUGGAUUGGAUAGAUCCUGAUCAAUCAUCUGACAAGGAGAGCGAAGCCUUUCAACGAGCAAUGGAACUGGUAGGAAGUGAGUUUUUACAGAGUGACCGUUAUCAUGCAAAAUCAUGGUUACCAGCUCGGUCUAUUGUGAUGGAGUGUCUCUUAGCAAGAUGGAGUGUUGAUCCAAGUGGAGAAAUCAUGGUUUUGACUCGAUCUUGCCCCUGGAAGCUACAUUUAUUUGAGCUUGAAGAGGAGAUGAAGAUUGAGCCUCCCAUCAAAUAUGUUGUCUAUGAGGAUGAUAGGAAACACUGGAAAGUUAAAGCGGUGACGGUUGGUCCUGAUAGAUUUGAGAGCCGGAAGGCUCUUGCAUCACAGUGGCGAGGGCUUAGGGACGAGGAGCUCUCGAAGGCGGCUGGGAUUCCCGGAUGUGUUUUUGUCCACAUGAGUGGAUUUGUUGGUGGAAAUCAAAGUUAUGAAGGUGCUCUUGCCAUGGCAAAAGCAAGUUUGAAGUUUGAUUGAGAAGAUUGACUUGCAUUGGCGCGUUACUAAUUCAACUAGGUCUUGGCUAAUGACUCGGAAGAUGCAAUUAUAUCUUUCUGUUUACCCUUUUUGAUGAUUUAUUCAUUAUACACAACGUUAAACCCAAA